AUGUUCCCUCGUUUCAUCCUGUUGUCAGUGGCGGCACUCUCGACUCUGGGUUUGUCUGCCCCUGUUGAGGAGCGACAGCAGCCUGUACUCCCCACUGAAGACUCCUUCUACAAGGUACCUGAUAACAUCAACGACUACCCGCCUGGCACCAUCAUCGACUAUCGCAAGCCACCGUCUCCCAUUGCAGCCUUCGGUAUAUCUCCAACCAACUUGAAAGACACUUGGCAGAUCUCUUACAGAACCAACGACAACUUCGGCAAGGCCCUCUCCACCGUCCUUACUGUCUUGGUCCCCUACAAAGCCGACUUUACAAAGGUCCUCUCAUACCAGGUCGCCGAGGAUGCCUCUUAUGCCGGCUGUGCUCCGUCUUAUGCCUUUCAGUUCGCCUCCGCCACCGGCGGACCCCUCGGAACCAUUGUCACCCAAGCAGAGCUUUUGCUGAUAGAAGCAGCUCUUGAGCAGGGAUGGAUCGUCAUUGCUCCAGACCAUGAAGGUCCUGACGCGGCUUACCUGGCAAACAAACUCGCCGGAUAUGCCACGCUUGACGGAAUUCGAGCGGCCAUCAACUCUGCCAACUUCACUGGCAUCUCGAAGAACCCCACCGUCGGAAUGUGGGGAUACUCUGGUGGGAGCAUCGCGUCGGCUUCAGCGGCAGAGCUUCAGCAGUUGUACGCUCCAGAGCUUCGUAUCGCCGGUGCUGCUCUUGGUGGUACUGUGCCAAACAUCACAUCUGUCAUCAAGAGCAUCAACAAGGGACCUUUGGCAGGUAUUAUCCCUCCCGGCAUGGUUGGGCUGGCCAAACAAUACCCGAUCCUCAAAUUGGGACUUGAUGCGGCUAUCAAGCCAGAGUAUAAAGCCAAAUUCGAUGCUGUUGAAAAGCAAUGUUUUGUGACUGAUAUUAUUUCGUUCCUCGGACAGGACGUGGUUGGAAUGCUGAAAGACCCUGCCAUCCUGACACAAGAACCCGCCAAAAGCAUUCUAGACGAGAACGCUCUUGGUAAACACAGUCCUAGCAUUCCUCUGUUUGUUUACAAGUCGAUUCAGGAUCAAGUCAGCCCCAUCAAGGACACCGACGAUCUUGUCAAAUUCUACUGCUCUGGCGGUACCAAGGUUCAGUAUGACAGAGACUUACUCUCGGAGCAUGGCUCACUCGCCAUCAUUGGAGCUGGAAAGGCUCUGGCGUGGUUAAAGGAUAUCAUGAAUGGCAGGAAGGCGCCAAGCCAGUGCAAGACGAGUAAUGUGGUUUCUUCCCUCUUGGAUCUGAGGGGCUCAAUCACCCUGUCUACUGCUUUGAUUGAGGCCCUGGCUGAUCUGGUUGGAAAGCCAGUUGGUCCUAUAAUUGGUUAG